AGCCAGGUCGCGACCCGUGGACCAACUUGUACUGCUUCAAGACGAAGGUCGCCCCCAAGGAAUCUGUUAUCGCGGGCCCAUGCAACAGCAGCUCGACUCUCCAUAAGGCAGAGAUUUGGGCCGAUAUGUCUCUUCGGCGCCAAGUCCGCGGCUUCCGGCUGACUCCUUCCGGCGGCACUCCCCGUUGGGCAUCCACAUCGUGNGGGCCUUCGGGGGCCAACCAGCUCAAAGCAGUCAGUCCCUCAUUUGAUCGGCCCCAAGAUGGUCCGCCGGGUAGCAGCAUUCUGCGAGUGACUCAGCUGGGUCUCAACCUGACAAGCAACGGAGCCAAGAUUUGCAUCACCCUCAAACCCAACAGCGCCGGUCAGGGCUGCACCACGCUGGAGCAGCUGUGCGUUCCACCCAAUGGCAUGGCGCCGGGGUCGUGCAUAGCCGCCAUGUUUGAUUACUCGCUGGACUGCUGCCCAAUUACACGCACAG